AUAGAAGAAUAGAAAGCAAUGCGUGCCUGAUCAGUAUUCAAAACCCUAGAAAACUUGGGAAUCAAUUGCUGCUGUUGAUUUAGACCGUUGCAUAAUCGUUCUUCAAUCUUGAUGUAGUGAAAUGAGUGUGCAAAGUACAUUGGAGAACACUCUCAAGGAAAUACUACGUGUUGUCAAACCUUUGCGUGAGGAUUGGACAACACGGUUGCAAAUCAUUGAUGAGUUACGAGGAGCUGUUGAAUCUGUGGAAAGUUUAAGAGGUGCUACUGUGGAACCAUUUGGGUCAUUUGUGUCUGAUCUCUUUACAAGGUGGGGAGACUUGGAUGUUUCAAUUGAGUUUUCCAAUGGUUCAUUUGUUUCACCUUAUGGGAAAAAGCAGAAACAACGUUUACUAGGAGAUGUUAUGAGAGCUAUGAGACAGAAAGGUGGAUGGAGGAGGUACCAAUUAAUCCCCAAUGCAAGAGUUCCCAUUUUAAAGGUUGAAAGUAAUCUCCGAAAUGUAUCUUGCGAUAUUUCAAUCGAUAAUCUGAAAUGCCAAAUGAAGUCUAGACUCUUGUUCUGGAUCAGUGAGAUAGAUACACGCUUCCGCGAUAUGGUUUUACUGGUAAAGGAAUGGGCAAAAGCACACAACAUAAAUAAUCCAAAAUUUGGGACUUUCAAUUCGUACUCUCUCACUUUGCUUGUGGUCUUCCAUUUUCAGACAUGUGCACCUGCAAUUUUUCCACCCCUUAAAGAUAUAUAUCCAGGAAAUCUCAUUGAUGAUCUUAAAGGCUUGAGGGCUGAUACAGAGAGACGUAUUGAAGAGACGUGUGCUGCUAAUAUAAGAAGGUUUCAAUCAUACAAUUUGAGGGCAGAAAACAGAAGUUCUUUGUCUGAGCUUUUCAUUUCAUUCCUUGGGAAGUUUUCUGACAUCAGUUUGAAGGCUUCGGAAUUAGGAAUUUGCACUUAUACUGGACAGUGGCAAGCCAUAAAAAGCAAUAUGAGAUGGUUGCCCCAAACUUAUGCCCUAUUUAUUGAAGAUCCUUUUGAGCAACCGGAAAAUUCUGCUAGGGCUGUUAGCAAGAGGGAAUUGACAAGGAUAUCAGAAACAUUUGAGAUGAGCCACCACAUGCUCAUCUCACCCAAUCACAGUUCGCUUCUUGCCACCCUAGUCCGACCUCAAAUGUUAAGCCUCAUGGUAAGAACACCAGACUGGCGCCGCCAACCAACUCAUCCACAACGUUUCAGGGCUGAGGGUUCACAUUCACCAACCCCAAGCAACAACAAUGGUCCCCGACAACUAACUCGUCCUCAGGUGCACAGGGUGGUGCGCUCACCCUCACAAGUGCAACCUCAAUAUCAGACGGUGAAGCCAAAAGGCCCCUCAGAAGUGCAACCUCAAUUUCAGACGGUGAAGCCAAAAAGCCCCUCACAAGUGCAACCUCAAUUUCAGACGGUGAAGCCAAAAGGUUCCUCACAAGUGCAACCUCAAUUUCAGACUAUGAACCCAAAAAGCCAUCCCAACAGGGCAACCUUUAAAAAACCUCCUCUGCAGACAUACGAAGAUCAACGGCAGCAAAUAUGGAGACCAAGAUCUGAUAGACCAGUGUGAUUUGUGUUUCUGCAUUCAGAUUUACAUUGCCUGGUUUUUGAUUGAAAAGUAAGAAAAUGUAGUUCAAUUGGAUUGAUGCCCUUCCAGAAACCUUUCAAGUAUGCAAGGUGAUCGAUUCUUUGUUAUUGACCGUUGGCUUCCCCCUAAUCCUUAAAAAUGAGAAUUACUAAAUAUAGGGCAUUUAUGAGUUUCUUUGAUC